UUUGAUAGUGUCAAUAUUUUAUGUGGAUAUGGAGGCGUCUGUGUCUCAAAAAACGGAAAUUCGCCAGCUUCUCCGUUUCCACGCAUUGGUUGCUAAAAGUGUUCGAACCAUCGGCAGUUAUAAGCCAAUGUCUGUGACCUUCGGCUAGACCCCCGUCCCGUUGUUUAGAGUUAGAGCACCCCGUUUCCGUUCGUGCUAUUAGGAGUGAAGCGUUGUUUUCGGAAGAAACCCUGCUAUCUUCUCAGGGCGUCCAUCAUGUCGCAAAGAAAGAAUCCCGAGCUCGACGCGAAGCACCAAGCCAUUUUGCGGAAAAUGAUGCAAUUGUCCGAGAACAAAUCGUGCGCAGACUGUAGGGGCCCAUCACCGCGAUGGGCGUCGACAAAUCUCGGAGUUUUCGUAUGCAUUGCAUGCAGUGGGAUUCACCGGAAACUGGGAACACAUAUCUCACAAGUCAGGUCUAUUACACUUGAUACAUGGACACCGGCUCAAGUCGCGCGGUUCCAGAAGCUCGGAAAUGCGAAAGCUGCGCAGUACUUUGAAGCAUGUUUGCCAGCCGAUUUCCGCCGUCCAAUGUCCGGAGACUCCACUCAAAUUGAACGAUUCAUACGAGAGAAAUACGAGCAAAAGCGCUACAUCACGGUUGAAAAUGGAGGUCUCGGAGGUGGGGCUCCCUCUCACAGAUCACAAAGAGGGUCUUCAUUUGGUAUGGGCGGAGCUGCUAGUAUGGCUCGCCCAGGGCUUGGCAUACGCUCUGAGCAGCCAACUGGUGCCUACGAUGAUGUCAAUUCCAGCGGAAGGACUGCAACACGGAUGAGUUAUGGUGGUCGAUUUGGUGUCUCUAAGUCUACUGCAGGUGGUCUUGGGCUCAAUGAUGGAGUGAGCACCGCCAAGUUUAACUCUGCCCGAGGCAUGGGGAGCGGUGCGCGACCCAAGAAUGCCCUACAGCGCGCAAGCACAAUGAAGGAGAUUAUGAACAUGGGCUUCUCCGUGCAGCUGGCCUCGCGAGCAGUGGAAGCAGGAGAAGGGGAUUUACAGAGGGCUGUAGAAUGGGUCUUGGAGAACUCGGACGCGGCGGGCACCUUCGAAGCAAAAGCGGCAAAACCCACGCCGCCAGCACCAGAGCGAAACUUGCUUGACUUUGGAGAUCCGGCACCGGGGCCCACGUCUGCUCCUAACUCUGUCCCGGAUCCUGCUGUAAAGACGUAUCCUCUACACAGUCACGCGACAUCGAAAGCACCGCUAUCCGCGCCUCCCAAAGAUGAUUUCGCAGACUUCGCAGACUUCGGGGCAUUUGAGAGUGCGUUGCCACAAAAGCCAAUAACGACACACACAACCACCAAUACUAUCGUGUCUCCAGUGCACACAAAUGGAACUGGAGGUUUGAGCGGGUCACUUGCCAGCCUAUAUGCUCGCACGCCAACCACCUUUACCAACCAAACGUCACAGGGUUUACCAAAGCCGACGACAUCGCUGCUAAUACCGCAGCAAGCAACUCAAAUCUACCCCAAAACUCCUACGAAGCAGUCACCUCAGCAAUUGAGAAAGCCCCUUUCAAUGAGCCCCCUUGGCGGCCAAAAGCCUGGCCCAGGCGACAUCUCGGCGUGGCGGUUGAACAGCAUCGCUACGUCUCCGGCGAGAACCAGCCCUACGCUGACAUCACGGUUAUCCGCAUCCGUCACAAACAGUACGAUUGUGACCAAAAGUCCGCUGGUUCCAUCUCAGCCGCCAGCGCCCCCCAUGCAAUUCUUGUCGAUUUCGGAAACCCAGGACGUGCCACCUCCACCUGACUGCCCUCCUCCGCCAAAGGAACCAACGGAGAGCCUCCCAGAGGCAAGCGCUCUAGAACAAGUGCGGGUGCGACAGCAGCAAGAGAACCACACUGCCUCUCCACCCAAUAAACACAAUGGAACUCCCACAAGCCCGGUGAGCACCAGAAAGAAAGGACAAGAAUCUGACGACCCUUUUGCCGCUCUAUCAAUGAUGGCGCUAAGUUCUGCAUCAACUUCAAAGAAAUCUGCAAAAAAGCAAAUCGUCGAACCUAUAGUAGCUGAAAAGGAGGCAGUUAUAACUCCAUCCACAGCACCUGUCGCCGACGUAUCGGCAGGAAUCAACUUGGAAGAUUUCUUCGGAUAACAUCAAUUCUAAUCAAAUAAAUAGAGUCGUCGUGUA